CUUUGUCCCCCUCGGCUUAAAAGGGAGUUUUUUAGCGGCCGAUACCAGCAAGGACAAGUUUGCAAUCAAGAAGAAAAAAAAAAAAAAAAGAUUUGAUUAUUUACCUUCUUUUGACGGUGGAACUUUUUACAUUUUAAGAUAACUCGCCAUAAAUUCAUUCUUGAGGAUUAUUGCUGGAUUUCUAAAUAAUUUGCCGGAUUUUACUACUUCUGUUCUGCUGAUUUCGUGAAGCAGGCAGCCGGUUGGUGCUUCACCAUGAAGUUGACAGGAAUAUUUUUGCUAUUGAUGCUUUGGACCUGCGAGAGUGCGCGAGUCGCAGAGAGCCGGGACGACAAUAGCGUGUUUGACUUGUUCGAGCACGUCAAAGUCUCGAAGAAGAACCACGGGGUCACCCUGGUGAAAGGAGACGACCCGUACAGCCCCGCCUACAAGAUCCUCGACCCGGACCUGAUCCCCCCGGUCUCCGAGAGCGCCUUUCGGGACCUGAUCGAUUCCAUCCACGCCGAGAGGGGUUUCCUCCUGCUGCUCAACUUCAAGCAGUUCAAGCGGACCCGGGGCAGCCUCCUGACCGUGGAGAAGAAGGACGGUUCCGGACCCGUGUUUGAGAUCGUCUCCAACGGCAAGGCGAACACCUUGGACAUCGUUUUCUCCACCGAGAACAAGCAGCAGGUGGUUUCCAUUGAAGAUGUGGAUCUGGCUACGGGCCACUGGAAGAAUAUCACGCUGUUCGUGCAGGAGGACCGGGCGCAGCUGUACGCGGGAUGCGAGGAGGUGAACACCGCCGAGCUGGAUGCGCCCAUCCAGAGCAUCCUGACGCUGGAGACCCCGGACAGCGCGCAGCUCCGGAUUGGCAAAGGAGCCGUGAGGGACAGGUUCAUGGGGGUCCUCCAAAACGUGAGGUUUGUGUUUGGAGCAUCACUGGAGGCCGUCCUCCGCAACAAAGGAUGCCAAACCUCCAUGACGACUGACUCCAUGAUCCUGGAGAACCUCAAUGGCUCCUCAGCCAUCAGAACAGAAUACACUGGACACAAGACUAAAGACCUGCAGAUGGUCUGUGGCUUCUCCUGCGAGGACCUGGUCAGCAUGUUUAAGGAGCUGAAGGGCCUCGGUGUGGUGGUCAAGGAGCUGUCCAGUGAGCUCCGCCAGAUGACGGAUGAGAACAAGCUGAUUAAGAACCGCAUCGGCGUCUGCCUCCACAACGGCAUCGUGCACAAGAACCGAGACGAAUGGACCGUCGACGACUGUACCGAGUGCACUUGUCAGAACUCUGCUACUGUGUGCCGCAAGAUCUCCUGCUCCCUGAUCAACUGCGCUAAUGCUACUGUUCCCGAUGGAGAGUGCUGCCCACGCUGUGGAACACCGAGCGACUAUGCAGAAGACAGCUGGUCGCUGUGGUCUGAAUGGACCCAUUGUUCCGUGUCGUGUGGGCGGGGCAUCCAGCAGCGCGGGCGCUCUUGCGACCGUAUCAAUAACAACUGCGAGGGCACCUCUGUGCAGACCCGCGACUGCUACCUCCAGGAGUGUGACAAGCGAUUCAAGCAGGAUGGCAGCUGGAGCCACUGGUCACCCUGGUCCUCCUGCUCUGUCACCUGUGGUGCUGGUGUCAUAACCCGUAUCCGCCUCUGCAACUCCCCCACCCCUCAGCUUGGAGGCAAGAACUGUGAGGGAGAGGGCCGGCAAACCGAGAAGUGUCAGAAAUCUCCGUGCCCCAUCAAUGGCAACUGGGGACCCUGGUCACCAUGGGAUACCUGCACUCUCACCUGUGGAAGUGGUAACCAAACUCGUAAACGCAUGUGCAAUGACCCCGCAGCCAAAUACGGUGGCAAAGAGUGUGUUGGUAAUGCCAAAGACAUCCAGAUGUGCAACAAGAAAGCCUGUCCCAUUGAUGGGUGCCUGUCUAACCCCUGCUUUGCUGGAGCCAAGUGCACCAGUUUCCCUGAUGGCUCCUGGAAGUGUGGGAAGUGUCCGGCUGGCUACACUGGCAAUGGGAUCAAGUGUAAAGAUGUAGAUGAGUGCAAGGAGGUCCCAGAUGCUUGCUUUGAGUUCAAUGGUGUGCACCGCUGUGAGAACACCGAUCCGGGCUACAACUGUCUGCCCUGCCCUUCUCGCUACUCAGGACCCCAACCGUUUGGCAAAGGUUUGGAGCAGGCCGCGGCUAAGAAACAGGUGUGCACGCCUCGUAACCCCUGCCUCGAUGGAAGCCACGACUGCAACAAAAACGCCCGCUGUAACUACCUCGGGCACUUUGCCGAUCCCAUGUACCGCUGCGAGUGCAAACCAGGCUACGCUGGCAACGGACAUAUCUGUGGAGAAGACACAGAUCUGGAUGGAUGGCCCAAUUUUGACUUGGUGUGUGUGGCAAACGCCACCUACCACUGCAAAAAGGACAACUGUCCCAACCUCCCCAACUCUGGGCAGGAAGAUUACGAUAAGGACGGCGUUGGAGAUGCUUGUGACAACGAUGAUGACAAUGAUGGCAUUCCUGAUGAUAGGGACAACUGUCCAUUCGUCUACAACCCCAGGCAGUAUGACUACGACCGCGAUGACGUGGGUGACCGCUGUGAUAACUGCCCCUACAAUAGUAACCCAGACCAAACGGACACAGACAGUAAUGGAGAGGGAGACGCCUGCGCUGUGGACAUUGAUGGAGAUGGCAUACUGAAUGAAAAGGACAACUGCCCCUAUGUGUACAAUGUGGACCAGAAAGACACAGAUCUGGAUGGAGUGGGAGACAUGUGCGAUAACUGCCCGCUGGAACAUAAUCCUGAUCAGGUGGAUUCAGACGAUGACCGUGUGGGAGACAAGUGUGACAGCAACCAGGACAUCGAUGAAGACGGACACCAGAACAACCUGGACAACUGCCCGUACAUCCCGAAUGCCAAUCAGGCUGACCACGACAAGGACGGCAAGGGAGACGCCUGUGACCACGAUGACGACAAUGAUGGCAUUCCCGACGACAAGGACAACUGCAGACUGGCCUUCAACCCUGACCAGCUGGAUGCUGAUGGUGAUGGCCGUGGAGAUGCUUGCAAAGACGACUUUGACCAAGACAACGUGCCUGACAUCUACGACGUGUGCCCAGAGAACUUCGACAUUAGUGAGACAGACUUCCGCCAGUUCCAGAUGGUUCCUCUUGACCCUAAAGGCACCUCGCAGAUUGAUCCUAACUGGGUCGUCCGCCAUCAGGGCAAAGAGCUGGUACAGACUGUCAACUGCGACCCUGGCAUCGCUGUUGGUUACCACGAGUUCAAUUCAGUGGACUUCAGUGGGACUUUCUUCAUUAACACAGAGAGGGACGACGAUUACGCCGGCUUUGUGUUCGGCUAUCAGUCCAGUUCCAGGUUCUAUGUGGUGAUGUGGAAGCAGAUUACGCAGACAUACUGGUCGAACAAACCCACCAAGGCCCAGGGCUACUCAGGCCUGUCCAUUAAAGUGGUUAACUCCACCACCGGCCCAGGAGAGCACCUCAGGAACGCCCUCUGGCAUACAGGAAAUACCCCAGGACAGGUCCGCACUCUCUGGCAUGACCCUAAGAAUGUUGGAUGGAAAGACUUCACCGCCUACAGAUGGCAUCUGAUCCACAGACCGAGAACAGGACUCAUUAGAGUUGUGAUGUACGAGGGCAAGAAGAUCAUGGCAGAUUCUGGAAGCAUCUAUGACAAGACAUAUGCCGGCGGCAGACUCGGUCUUUUUGUCUUCUCACAAGAGAUGGUAUACUUCUCAGACCUCAAGUAUGAAUGCAGAGAUGUUUAAAUGCACGGCGCAGGAAGGUCUGAGGAAUGCACCUUUUUUGUACAAAGUAUGAACUUAUGUAUUCUGAUGCAACGUCCAGGGAACGAUUUAUCUCCACAACUCUUUUUCCUGCGACACGCACACUCGGACGAGGCGAAGGGCAUGUGGUCAGCCUCAGGGUCACUUGAAGCUGGUUUGGGCAGAGCACCAACCGGUUGAUUGCCAGUUGAGGAUCAGAGAGCCCCUUCUCCUCCACCCUUAGCAUCUACGAGAGCAGGGAGAGCUGGGAAAAAACAAGCCCUCUAGCUUUGCCAGUAGGACACAAACACCUUUUUAUUCCAGCUCUGCCUGCUUUCUCGCUCUCUGGAAGACCUCAUUCAUCUCUGUGUGGGAACGGCUCCCCAUAGAUAACUAUGCACUUCCAAGCCUUUACAUCUCUCUCUCUCUCUCUUUGUCUCUCGCCUCUUCAGCCUGUGUGCCUCUCUACCUUACCUUCGGGAUGGACAUCCCAAAGAAAAAAGAAACUGAUGAUAUAUUCCCUUUGCUUUACCAGAUCUGCCAGGAUGUAGAUUCUGAAUGACACAACUUUUGAGGACUCAGAGGAUGAAUACAGCAAUAAGAUUUGUUAAGGCUCUUGGUUAUUGAGGACCUAAGGAAACUGUUGGGAGUAGAACUAGUUAGAAAUAUGGGGAACAUGAUGUUAUGGAUGUUUGUGGUCAUGCAUGUACUGUAUGUGGACUGGAACAAGAAAGUGUUUCUACCUAAGAAUCUCUGUAGAGAAGAGGAAUACAAAAUAAAAUUUAAAUUAGCUAUCUUUUGAACUUACAAGUACCAUGGGCCUUCUUGAUGCUGGUGUCUUGUUAACUAAACAACUCUCAGGGUGAGAUGGAAGUGACAAGCUUCCCAUAUCAAACCAGUAAGAAAAGAAAAUAUGAGGAUUUGCUAAAGCCAGUGUUCCCUCCAAAAUACUCACCAUCUUAAGUCAAAACCUUGGUAAUAAGUAAUGUACCUCGUUCAGUUUCUGAGGAUUUCAAUUUGAAAUGAUGUAAAUACACUUAAUUUAUUGACUCUUGCCUACAAUGUAGGCAGCAAAAUAAAUUUUAAUGGAUAAUCCAUCCAAUAUCACAGUGAAAACUGAUCCAAAAUGUAAGUGUCGAUCAUCUCCCGCUGUACAAAGUAAAUGAGGCAUUCUUCAGAUAGGGUUAUUGAGCAUGAAGUGUAUGUGACUUGUGUGCGUUUUCUGCAGAGAGAGAUGAAAAACAAAGGAAAUCUUUGAUGUACAAAUAUUACCUCAUAGCUGUUGUAUAAUUCGAUCAAACAAAAAAACACGACCAAGUACUUUUUCAUAUUGCUUUGAGAAGAUGGACAUCUUAGUGCCACUGUAGCAUAAGCUGUAAAUAGUAUGACAUUCCAGACCUAAAGACACAACGAGCUUCCAAUCCCAGGAUCUCUACCCCAGUGACAAGAACAGUCAGAUGGGAGAUUUCUUUUUUUUAUAAAUCAUUUUGCUCUAUCAUUUAUGUCCAGUGCUGUUUUUAGCUGAUAAAUUAUUGUCUUAGCUGUUUGUGAGAGGUUGAUUUAUGUGUGUGCGUGUGUGUAGAUAAAUGCUAUUUAAAUAAUUUAUCAGGAUUUGUUGCCUUACCAAAGGCCACACGUCCAUCUGUAUAAACUGUUUGCACACUGACGUGAGGAUGUUCUGUUCUUUUUUUUGUUUUUACCUUCUUUGUUAAUGUGUAUCAAUGUUACCAUUCUUUUUUGUACAUUUAGUUUUGCUUGUCUGUAAACAUUUUCUUAGUUGUACAAAGCAAAAAUGCUGUUUUUAUUCAUAGCGAUUAUUUUGUUACACACUUCCAAGACCAUAUCUUACCAUGUUUCAUCCAGUAUUAAGUCCAUUGUUGAUCAGAUCAAUACUUUGUUUAGAUGAUGUGGAGAUGCAAACAUGAUUUACAUUAAACACAAAAUGGUGGAUGA